AUGGAAGACGAUGAUGAUUACGUGGAGUAUGUCCCAGUGGCGAAGCGCAGAGCAAUGGAAGCACAGAAGAUACUUCAGCGGAAGGGAAAAGUCUCGGAGCUGGAGGAAGAAGCCGAGAAGGAAAAGCUCGCCGAAGCUAAACCCAGUUUACUCGUUCAAGCAACUCAGCUGAAGCGAGAUGUUCCCGAGGUCAGUGCGACUGAGCAAAUCAUUCUACAAGAGAAGGAGAUGAUGGAGCAUUUAUCUGAUAAGAAGACGCUAAUGUCUGUUCGUGAAUUGGCCAAAGGUAUCACUUACACAGAGCCUCUCUUAACUGGUUGGAAACCCCCUUUGCACAUUAGGAGGAUGUCGAGUAAACAGAGAGAUUUCAUUAGGAAGCAAUGGCAUAUCAUUGUUAACGGUGAUGAUAUUCCUCCGCCGAUUAAGAACUUCAAGGACAUGAAGUUUCCGAAACCUGUUCUCGAUACGCUCAAGGAGAAAGGGAUUGUGCAGCCGACUCCGAUCCAAGUUCAGGGUCUUCCUGUGAUUCUGGCGGGGAGAGAUAUGAUUGGGAUUGCGUUCACUGGUUCGGGGAAGACGUUGGUUUUCGUGCUUCCCAUGAUCAUGAUUGCUCUUCAGGAGGAGAUGAUGAUGUCUAUCGCUGCUGGAGAAGGUCCCAUUGGGCUUAUUGUUUGUCCCUCUAGAGAGCUUGCUAGGCAGACUUAUGAAGUUGUUGAGCAGUUUGUGGCUCCUUUAGUCGAGGCUGGAUAUCCUCCUUUGAGGUCGUUGCUGUGCAUCGGAGGAAUUGAUAUGAGAUCACAGUUGGAGGUUGUGAAGAGAGGUGUUCAUAUAGUUGUUGCAACUCCUGGGAGGUUGAAGGAUAUGCUCGCCAAGAAGAAGAUGAGCCUAGAUGCUUGCAGGUACUUGACAUUGGAUGAGGCAGAUAGGUUGGUUGAUUUGGGUUUCGAAGAUGACAUAAGGGAAGUCUUUGACCAUUUCAAGUCUCAGCGUCAAACACUUCUGUUUUCUGCCACUAUGCCCACAAAGAUUCAAAUCUUUGCCAGAAGUGCUCUGGUGAAACCUGUGACUGUCAACGUAGGAAGAGCUGGUGCUGCGAAUCUCGAUGUCAUCCAAGAAGUGGAAUACGUGAAACAAGAAGCAAAGAUUGUUUACCUCCUAGAGUGCCUGCAGAAAACUUCCCCACCGGUUUUAAUUUUCUGUGAGAACAAAGCUGAUGUUGAUGAUAUUCACGAGUACUUGCUACUGAAAGGAGUGGAAGCAGUGGCCAUCCAUGGAGGGAAAGAUCAAGAAGAUAGAGAGUACGCCAUCUCUUCGUUCAAAGCUGGGAAAAAAGACGUCUUGGUCGCGACUGAUGUUGCUUCGAAGGGUUUAGAUUUCCCUGAUAUACAGCAUGUAAUCAACUACGACAUGCCUGCAGAGAUUGAGAACUAUGUGCAUAGGAUAGGGCGAACGGGUCGGUGUGGGAAAACUGGGAUUGCAACCACGUUUAUAAACAAGAACCAAAGCGAAACCACGCUGCUCGAUCUGAAACACUUGCUGCAAGAAGCUAAACAGAGGAUCCCGCCUGUCCUCGCUGAGCUGAGUGAUCCAAUGGAAGAAGCAGAGACCAUUGCUAAUGCGAGUGGUGUCAAGGGUUGUGCUUAUUGUGGUGGUCUUGGACAUCGUAUCCGAGACUGUCCAAAGCUGGAGCACCAGAAGAGUGUGGCCAUCUCUAAUUCUAGAAAAGACUAUUUUGGCUCUGGUGGAUACAGAGGAGAGAUCUAA